GUGUAGUAGGUGGCAGUAUGUACGAUUCACGAGCGUUUGUGCGCCGCCAUUACACUCACAGGAGAUUUCCAGUCUUCCGAUCCAUUAAACUGAGUCGCCAUGGUUUGUUUACGCGUCCAUAGAUUUGCGCGAUUAUGUUAAUGAGGCGAGCGACUGAACUCUGACUAGCGACAAACACUGGGACUUUACCAGAUUAUCCCACACUCGCUGGGAUGGCUGUGAAAUCGUGGACUCGCCAGGCGGAGGAGACGUUAAUCGAGCUGUGGCAGGAGUCUGGAUGUCUGUACGAUAUAUCUGACGCCGAUUAUCACAAUCGGGAAGAGAAGGACCGACGAUGGAAAGAGGUCGCCGAUGCGCUUCAGAUGCCCGCGGAGGCGGUGGCGACCCGAGUGGCGUCUCUGAGGACUCAAUACGCUCGGCUGAGGAAACCCAAGCCGAGUGGGAGUGAGAUCAAGCCCCUCACGCUGAGGCAGCGAUGGCUCCUGAGGGCCCUGGACUUCCUGAAGCCACACAUCGUUCAUCGGCGAAACGAGAACCAUCCGGGUCUGCCGUCCUCUGAUAAAGCGGAGGAGUGUGUGGAGGAGUCGGACGAGAUGAUGCAGGAGACGGAUAAAGACAUCGACAGCUUCGACUCCAUCAGUGUGUGUCUCUCUCCGAUGCCCGGCACUCCCGACACCGGGAUCCCCGAGGAGACGGCCUCGUACUCGCUGUCCCCCAGGAGCUCGUCCAGCAAGCGGCGGCGCGUCUCCGACUCGGACAUCGAGCUGCAGAAGCUGGAGGUGUUGAAGCAGAUGUCGGCUAAGGUCCUGGAGAACCCUCCGGCGGACUCGGCCGCGGUGUUCUCGGGUCAGGUGGCGAUGGAGUACCGGCUGCUCAGCGACCCCAGCGUGCAGAUGCGCGUCAGGAGGAAGAUCAUGGCCGUCCUCUACGAGGCACAAGAUGCAGAGAGACAUUACCGCCAGUCCAAGAGACACAACGAGAGGGAACUCAAAACCGAGGAAGACGUCACUUGGAUUAAUACUAAUAUAUAGAUGUUGUAGUGUUGUUGUUGCUUGUUUUCUACGUUGUACUGAACUAUUUUUCUUAGUGGAAGUUUUUGAGAUAAUCUACAUGUAAGAUAAUACAAUUAUUUAAACUCCUUUCA